CGGCGUGUUGCCUGCAGCCUCCACCCUGGCAGCCGAGCGGCUUCGGGCUGGAGCGUCGAGGGACUACCAGCGGUCGGAGGGCUGCAGACGGCGACGAGCGCCCGCGGAUCGCUGAAGGGUGCGCAGGUCGACGAGGACGUCGACGACGACGAGCGGCAUGGAGGACGAGACGGGGAAGGGGAGGAUGAAGAGGGGGGAGCGAGGAGGGAGCGAGCGAGCGAGGAGGAACCUUUUCCCGCCCGGGUUCCACCCGGGCCUGCCAGGCCGCCGGCGCGGACCGAGGCUCGCUUGACGCGGCGAGCGCUGCUGCCCUCGCGGGCUCUGCGGACAGAGGGCACACGAGGGUCUGAGCGGCGCAUUGAAAUGCCAGCCAAAAGAGAAAAUCCGCCGCCAAUGCGGCCGACAACAAGAGACAAGAGCCGCCAAUGCUGCGCCUCGUAGAAACAUCCGUGUAAAUGAAACUAGCGAAAUCAAAAUAUAUUCCUCCCUCCCUCC